UUUUCUAAUUGUGGAAACAGACCCCAAGCCAGAGGUUUUCCGCUUUAUUCAGCGCAUUCCAUUGUUUUUUCUCCAUAAAAUCGUGAAGACAAAUGAUUUGUUUGUUCAGUGAUCAGUGUCAGUCUCCAGUGAUGUGAGGAAACCAGUAGAAAACUGUCGUUUCGAGUGGUAAAAACGCUGGACGAGUGAUUUAGUGAGUGAUCAGUGGAAAGGACAAAGCUAACCCAUAAACAGAAUAACAUAAUGGCUGCAGCAGCGGCUGCCGCACUCCUUGAUGAGUUGAUGGGAAGGAAUCGCAAUGUUCUUCCUAAUGAGAAGCCUAAAGAGCUCAAUUGGGAGGAUCCUGAGUUUUGCAAGCUCUAUCUGGUGAAAUUCUGUCCCCACGAUUUAUUCGUAAACACCAGAGCAGAUCUAGGAGCCUGUGUCCACGUCCACGAUGACGAAGCUAGGGAUUUAUUCGAGAAAGCCCCAUACUCCUACAGAAAACAACAGUACGAGGAUGAGUUCAUUCGGUUCUGCCAGAGCAUGUUGAGUGAAGUCGAGAGGAAGAUCGUCAAGGGAAAGCAGCGACUCGCACUAAUCGGCAAGACUGAGGCACCCACUCUGACACCAGCACAGACACAGAGGAAUGAGGAGCAGAUAGCUCUUUUGACUGAAAAAAUCAAUAAAUUGGUGGAGGAGGCUGAACAAAGUGGCAUCCAGGGAAACGUUGAACAAGCACAGGGACUCAUGAGGCUUUGUGAUCAGCUGAAGGAGGAACGAGAGACUUUGAGGAAAUCUAAUGAUAAUAGUCAUUAUAAUCAGACGGCGGAAUUGGCAGCUGCACAGGAGAAACAGAUGGAAGUGUGUGACGUUUGUGGAGCAUUCCUAAUUGUUGGUGAUGCCCAACAACGCAUAGACGAUCAUUUAAUGGGGAAACAACACGUUGGAUACGCUAGACUCAAAAGCGCACUGCAGGAGAUAAUGACGAAAAGAGAAAGGGCUCGAGAUGAAAAAGAACAAAAGAGAGAUGAAGACAGGAAACAGAGGGCUCGAGCGAAUGAAGAAAUUGAGAGGAAGAGACGAGAGAGCGAGAGGGAGCGGGAGAGGGAUCGCGAUCGCGACAGGGACAAGCGUCGUCGACGUGACGACGACAAAGUUCGUCAUGAUUUCCACAGGAAUGCGGGACACAGAAGUCGAAGUAGAUCGCGUGACCGUCACGAGCGUCACAGAGAGGAGGAAAACUACAGACGUCAUAAUAGAGAUAAGGGAAAUCGUGACCACCGAAAUUCCAAUAAUCACGGUCGUCGUCGACACCGGUCAAGAAGUCGAAGUCACAAGUAACAACUCUUGAUUGGUUAGUGAGUGAGGAGUGAUCCAGGUAUGCACUAGAAAAACAUUUGAUAUUAACGUGUCAAUUACUGUACAGGUAUUCCACCAGGUGAGUUUAACUAGUAAUGCACAUAAAUGUCAAUUAUUUACAUAUCUGAUACCUAAGAUAUCAAUAAUCAAAAGAAACCUGAUCAAACACCCGAUGUAAAUUGCAUCGAACGUGAAUCAAACGUUUCUAAUCUUCGUUUUUGCGACACGAGUUGAAGAAAAUUAUGCAAAAAAAAUUUCGAAACGCUAUCAUGGUACGCACAACAGAGUCAACAGAAUUGCAAAAAUGAUGAAAGAAUGACAAAAUUAUGAUAAAUGUAAUGGAUAGUUUUUAUAACAGAGCAAGGUGGGAGAAGGUAUACCUGCACUUGCUUUGAUUAGGAAUAUAAAUUGAAAAAAAAAACAAAGCCAAAGCUCAAACCAGCGAAAAUUAUUGGGUGUAAAUCACGUCUGAACCUCCAUAGAUUCUGUUUGUUUAUAUUAUUUUGUUUCUCCUUAAAACGUGAAAGAAUAAAAGUUAGUGGUUUAGUGAUGGAAUCAGUGACUACUACCUGUAGCACCUGCAACGACAGUGUCCUGUGUGACUGUGACUAUACAAUCCUAGCUUCUGCCUACAGAUUAAUGAGGUAUUUAUGUCGGAAUGAUGAUACCAAAACCAUGUUUUAUGAAAGUGAAGGGAAAUUUUGUUAAUCGUCGAAUAAUUGAAUUUUUUCUUUGCCAUUUAUGAAUUGAAAAGAGGCUCACUUUGUCAAAUAACAUUGACGAAAUGAAUUUCAUGCGCUACACAUUAAUGAUGAUUGUAAUUGGUGACGGUUUAACCGAUGAUUUUUUUUCUCUCACAGAUUAAUUGAGCCUCAAAUAAUGUGCGAUCAAUUUUCCUUAUGUUAAUUUAAGGCAUCAGUGUGCUGUAUUUUUUAAUACAAUGAAUAUACUUAAUAAUUACGAAGUACAUUGUACGAAUCGAGCAUUUUAAAUCAUUGAACUAAAACUUUAUCGUCUAUUUUCAGAGUGAUUGACGAGGGGAGGAUCUGACGAUGAAAAACGCUGGUAGACCUCCCAUGAAUCCAGCUUAAUGUACCUUUGAGGUAAAGAUUUUGCAUAAUCUUGAACAGAAAAUGUUUGAAGUAAUUAAACACUCGUGAUUAAUUUCCACUAAAUUUUGCAAUCAACGGUCUAAUUUGUCGGAUCUGUAAACACGCUUUUGCGCCACAAAUUCAAUAGUUCCAGUUUUCCAGUCUUUUGAAAAUUCACUGUUAGUUUGUUUCGUCAUUGCAUACGGGUUUAGCAACUGUUCUCCAUCGAAAAUAAUGAAAAAUUAUACAAUUGUUAAAUUUAGACUGUCUAUUGCGCCACAAAAAAUUCUUCACACACAAUUUUAUGUGAAUUGGUUGGAAUUGUAAUUACGCCGUACGAGAAUUGUUAUUUCUAAUUGAAUAAAUUCCAAAUUGAGUUAA